UUCUUAUUGACUGGAUCGGAACUUAUGUUGCUCGUCUGAAAAAUGUUUGAUUUAUUUAGUAUUUUUCUUGCAGUCCUUCAUGUUUCUGAGUCGACUUGAACGUGACGCAGAAAUCUAACAUAGUGGAACAUCGUUUAAACUAUCAACAACAUCGACCAGCAACGUUGGAUUUUACAUUCAUCUCGUCCCAAAAUCUCCGUGACCUUCCAGCUGCUUUACAACAUGAUUUUAAGAGGAAAACUUCAGGCGGCUGCAUCUGUGCUGGUUAUUGUGAUGAGAGCCUUUUCUGUCCAUACUCUAAACUGCCAUCCAUCUGAGUAUGAAAUAGGGAAUGAAUGCUGUCCCAUGUGUCCCCCUGGAACUCGAGUUAAAAGUGACUGCACAAGGUUCAGAAGUACGUCAUGUCUGUCCUGCACAGCUGGAUCAUAUAUGGAUAAACCCAAUGGACUUAAACAAUGUUCUCCAUGUCGUAUCUGUGAUUUAGGUGGUGGUCUGAAGGUGGAGCAGCCGUGUACAGCAGCAUCAGAUACUGUGUGUGAACCAGUAGAGGGAUUCUUCUGUAUCCACUCUACAAAGAGCAGCUGUGCAGCAGCACAGACACACAGCAGCUGUGAACCAGGACAGUACAUCAGUACAAACGGAACAUCCUCCUCAGACACUGAGUGCUCCGACUGCAGAGAUGGAACAUUUUCAGAUGGAGCAUCUUCAUCUUGUCAGCCACACACACAAUGUGAAUCUAAAAACCUUCAGCAGAUAAAAGCAGGAACGUCUUCAUCUGAUGCUGAAUGUGGAGAAAAAAGUUCCAGUUUGACACCAGCAGCAGUUGUUGGGAUCAUCUUGGUUGUUUUAUUAUUAAUAGCGACAGUUGUACUUUUAAUUCUCCACAGAAAGAAGAAAUUAUCUCUAAUAAGUGGUAAACAAAGGAAUGCAGCAAAUCACAGAGACGACAGAAGACCUGGAGGGACAACAGACCAAACAGAGAUGUCAUUAUCUCAAAGCAGGGAGGAUGGAUGAAACGUUUGACCCCAGCAGAGUUCAUGUGUUCCAGAAUCCAGUUACACUGCAGCUGGAUGCUGGUACUUUGUGCUGCACAGAACUGAACCACAGAAGCAGCUUUUCCAUCUCCACCACGGGGACGAGCACGUCUUCCAGACCUGCCUGCAGCACAUUAACACACAGUACUUCCUUGUGAUUGGUCGGUUUGUGUUUCCAUGUUUCCUGAUUUCUGGAGCUUCUCUCUGAAUCUGGGUGUUAAACACGAAGAGAAACUUCAACACGACGCCAUCGAGUGUGAGAGCACAUUUCACCAGCAUCAGCUGGACCGGCCCGACCGUACGCAGGCACCACGCAAGGAUGAAUCCAGCUUUACUCUGUCAGCACAGUUUGCUGUCACACUGCAGUCAAACAAACCUUUAAGCAUGUUCUUGGCAGCAGUGGCACUGGAUCAGGAAUUACUGAAGGAGAAGACAAAAACCAUGAAGAAGAAAACUUGCUCAUCGAUUGGUUGAUGCAGCACAACUUCCUGCAUUUGAUGGACUUGAAGUGAAGUGAGACUUAACAUUUUUAGGCAGACAAGAGUUCGUUUUAUUGAUCUGCAUCAGUUUGGUUGCACAUUCACACCUCCCUAAAUGAACAGACCGUACCCUUCACUGCAGUAUGGAACUUAGGACAAUGAGAGGACCUAAAUCCUGUUUUAUUUAUGAACAUAAUUAUGGUGAAGUGCACCAUCACAGAAUAUCUUGAGGAGGUGCUGGAUGUUGUUGGACUUGAUGACCCCCAUCAGCACUUGAGGAGAAGAAGAAGAGCUACAACAACCACUUACAGAUGGGGAUGCCUCUUUGUUGGAGCUGAAGACCUGCAACAGGGAGAUAUUCGUUGUCACAGGACCUGCAGACUCAGGUGUGGAAGCUACUAGGACAUCUACACAAAGUAAAGAUGGCUAAAGCAUCUCACAGCAGCAGAACAAUGUAGGUUCCACAGAAAGAUGGCGACCCAGUCUCCUACAGCCUUUAAUGGCUCAGCAGAUGUUUUGAAAAAUCCAUUCACACAGUUAGAAAAUGUCCCAGAGACCAGAGAGAAAAAACUACAGGCUGUAAAAACUGUUUGGUAAAAGCAUGACAUGCAACGUGCUCCAAGAUCCAGACGGAGAGACAAAAGACCACAGACUGCUUGGCUUGUAUGAAGAGAAAAGACCGACCUGGACAUCAGGAGGGACACGCAUUACAGCUGCAUUUAAAAUGAUGUCGAUCUGUUGAUCUCUGGACAUGAUUCAAGCAUUUAAAAUAAUAUUUGUAUAAAUGUAUAAAGAAUUUAAUGACUAAACAGAUUUUAUGGACUGAAUGGGAUGUUUUCAUGUGAGGUUUGUAUGUUUUGUCUCUGACGUUGUCCCGUGUGCGUAUGAAGUAUGUAUAGUUUGUAUAUCUUGCUUCCUGCAGCUCUGAGAACUGAACACGACCGUAGACUGGACAUUUUUACAGUUUUGGUUCACAAUAUUUUCAUCAGUGGAUGGUUUGUUUUAUUUUAACUACCAAUGAGGAGCUGAUUUAAAGGCGUUUAAAGUCAGCAACCAUCAGGAAGUUUGUUCGUUCCUGUUUCCACAGAUCUGUGUGUGUGCUAGAGGAUGAUUUUUAAUAUGGACAUUAAAGAGAUGGGCAG